AUGGACUCGACUUCUCCAAUCGCAGGCGCUUCAGGCACGGGUGGAGCGGCCAGAAGACUCCAGUUUCGCCGCAUGACGCAUCAUCGCAAGCGAGCUGUGACCGCAUGCGAGCCAUGUAGAGCACGGAAGGCCAAGUGCACGAAUGAAAGACCUGUGUGUCAGUCUUGUGUCAAGUUAGGAACUCAGUGCUCCUAUGAACAACGAGCAAACCAUUCCUCAUUUGAUCCAGCAAGCCUGUUGAUAAUUGAAAAGCUGAACCAGGUUUUGAGCAGGCUGGAUAACAACGAAGAUGAGCCCCCGAUAUCACCAGAAAAUGUUAGGUCUGAACCACAACAAGCUCGAGACGUGCAGCCUGGUAUCGAGGAGAACACAUAUUUCUGCUCUUCAUUUACUUCUACCGACUCUGUCAUGAGCUGGCCUAUAUUUGAAGGCGAGCUGGGUCAAGUCCAUCUUGGAGAAGAGACCUUCCUAACAGACUAUGAGAGAACCAGAGCCUUUGACAAAGAGUAUUCAGAGGGCACUCGUACUCACCGAGCAAGCAUAUGCGAAGACGAUAUUCCCAAAUAUAUUGAUAGGUUCUUGCGUUUUGUACAUUGCAAGAAUCCAAUAUUACACACGGAUACCUUGAAGCAAUUUGCGACCAGUAUAGUAGAAAUUGGGCCGGGGUGGGAUGCUAUUUCAUGUCUUGUGCUUAUUUCUUGUGCCCUAGGGGCUAUUGCUACUCCAUUUGAGAACGCUGGCGCUGAGUCCUGUAGUCCAUCCGACAUCUCAUCAUUGUCCGACCAUGGUGGUUGCAGGAUCAUUGCGGAGAAUUUCUAUCAGCUUGCCUGUCGCAGGCUUGGUCUGCUGAAUCGGAGCAUCAUAGCCUGCCAGUGCCAACUUCUCUGUGGAAUCUAUCAAAUGUACACAAUGCGCCCCCUCGAUGGGUGGAACAGCUUUUCUCGCGCAUCGACCAUCUGUGCUCUGUACUUGAAGGGCGGCGAUUUUCUUCGCCACCGGACUGGGCAUGUGGACGAAGAUAAUGAAUCUUUCACAAGUCAGUGUCAAUCUCAUCAACGUUUAUACUGGACUUGUAUCAAAUCAGAGUGCGAACUGCGGUCGGAGCUGAAUUUACCAAUGUCUGAGCCGGCGAUGCUUCACAUCCCGGACACUCUUCCUUCACCUCCAACCUUUCAAACUGAACAUAUAGCUGGGCUGGACGCCUUAUCUGCAGAACCAUCUCCUGCCACACAAACGUUACCUGCACACUCAGCUGCCCAGCAGCAAAUCGAGGAGCAGUCAUGGUUUUACUACUUGAGUGAGCUCGCUUUGCUACGCAUCGAGAGCCGCGUAACAUAUCAUUUUUAUAGAGAAAGCAACGACUCGUGGCUUCGAGCCAAUGUUGGGGAUAUGAUAUCCUUAGCUGAGGACUUUGAGCUACAAUUGCAAAACUGGUUGUCUAUGCUACCGACAUCUAUUAGGCUCCAAGAUUCAUCGGCCGGGCAAUCCAUGAACGAGCUUCAAUAUGUUGCCCAUGGCCGUUAUGUCAUCGUCCGAGCUUUGGUAUACAGACCGUUCCUCUACCUCAUGAUCCACAAGCCCAGCAUGACUCCUUUAGAGUGUGAUAUGAUCAGACCAUUCGCCGAGAAGGCUCUUGAUUCGCCUUUGAGAAUGACUGGCCUUGGGCCGGCGUACCAUCGACACCAUGGGACUUGGUUGGCUUGUCGGACCUACGUAAGGGGUGCUCUAAUGCUUUACGCAGGAAUAAAGGCCGGUUUGGUUGCGGGAAAUGGUUUGCAUGAGGCAAAACAGGGUUUGGAAACAUGUCUCCUGACUCUCAAGUACUGGCAAGAGGAGUGUCCUGACUUUGGUAGGGCAAUUCAGCUAGUUGAACUUAUACUAUCUAAGGUAAUAUAA